AUGGACGAUGCCUUUGCGGAUUUGCAGCUCACCGAUCCAGAGGACGAUCAGCCCGAAAUGUCCUCGCGCGAGGCGAGGAUCGCUCGUGCGUUUGACGAGAGCAAGAAAUCUUACUCGUCCGAGACGGUCGUCACGCCACCCGGAUGGUUCCAAGUAGAGACCGCCCAACCACCCGGCGAUUUAUCCAAACUCGACGCGCGGCACCUUGGCAAGUCGGACUCCUACCCACUCAAAUGGUCCGUUCAGAGACUGUACCUCCAACGAUCAUACAAACAAGCCCAAAUACUCGCGUUUCAUAUCCUCUUUGCCGCUGGGGUCCAACUCGACCCUGCCGUGCUUGGCGAUAACGCGAAUGGCACAUAUGGGACGUUGCCCAAGAACGAAGCACGCGACCGUGAACUGCUCGAUACCGCCCUUCGGUGCGCUAUCAAACUAAACGACAAGUCCACGGCCCUUGCACUCGCCGACGCAUCCCGAUCACGUUGGACGAAUAAUCCAGGUCUGGGCUAUACCGCCGGAGAAGCAUACAUCUUCGCCAGUCGACCCUAUGAAGCCAUCUCGGCACUUUUACACGCCGUACGUCUCCGCACACCAUCGCAUCAAGUUCUAUCCCUCCUCGCACGAGCCCUUUGCGCUUCUUCUUCAGCCACCACCACCACCACCACCACCAUAGUCACGCCCGAGGCCGAACGACGCGACUCUGCACUAGCACACUUGGGCAACCUCUUAUCCGAAUACGCAGAACGAACCAAGCCCGCGUUCGAAAGAGGUCUAUUCCCAGAACUCAGCGAGCAACAGGAAAAAAGACCGAGGAGCAAGGAAAAGGCGAAUGUGCCUCCCGAGAACGUCGUGCGUGCUUGGGCGACUGAGGCUGGGUUGGGAGAGGUGGACGUAGGACUGAUGGUUCAGUUGUGCUGUACGGGUGAUGCAGAGGAGGACGUGGGUGGAGAGAGGUCGGUUAGGACUCUGUAG